UCUAGUUAGCUGCUGAUAUUUUCGACAGAUGUCAAAUUAUUAUACCAACUUGUGAAUCAAGUUUCUAUCAUUCUGGUUUUGAUUCUCGGCCUGUAAUCAUCAAAAUUCUUUGGUCGUCCUAAGUUAUUUCUUUGUUUGGUUCAAAAACAUUAAGUAAACAUCAUGUGUUGCGGACCCCUUGGAUUCUGCGGACCCUGUAGCCCUUGCGGCGGUCCUUGCGGACCUUGUGGACCCUGUGGUCCUUGCGGUUCCUGCUGUGCUCCUUGUGGAUCUUGUUGUGGACCUUGCGGCCCUUGCGGUCCCUGCUGCGGGGGUUGUGGACCAUGCGGCCCUUGUGGACCUUGUGGACCUUGUGGACCUUGCUGUGGGCCCUGUUGCGGACCUUGUGGACCUUGCGCGCCCUGCUGUGGGCCCUGUUGUGGACCUUGCGCGCCCUGCUGUGGGCCCUGUGGACCUCGUUGUUGUCCUUGCGGACCCUGCGGUCCUUGCUGUGGCCCUAUGGAAAAACGAAACGGCCUUCAGCGGUGCUGCCCGUUCUAGCUGUGAUUCCUGAAUAAGCAACAAAUUAUUGACAAAUAAAGGGGAACUAUGAAAACAAUCAAA